UGUCGUCUCAAAAAGUGUCUCAUAAAUAUUUAUCGAUUUUUAAAUUUUAUCUCGUUGCAGAUUCCAUCAUGUCUCUUCAAUCGACUUGCUUCUUGGUAUUUUUCGCGUUAUGCGUCAUGAUGAUGGCUUUCGUGGCAGCUGCGGACGACAACGAGAUGUUCGAAAGUAAGGAAGUUGCUGAAAAACGUCCCUUUUUCGUGGGAAGUCGUUAUGGGCGUUCCUCGAAUCCACAUCGACAAGUUGUUGCGAGAAACGACAAAUUCUUCCUUGGAUCCCGUUAUGGCAAACGAUCACCCGCAAAUGACGAUGGCUUUCCCGCAAUUCGAAUACAGACUCCGGAAGUUACUUGUUUGUACACUGGCGUACUGAAUCUCUACAAAUGCUUCGGAAAUGUCCAAGAAGCGUCAGAAGAGUAAAAAAUGCAACCAGCAAGUCAUUCUCGUGUAUCAUUUCGUUUAACUUUUGUAUAAAAAUGGCCUUAAGUAUUAUGGAAGAGCUCCAUUUAAUUUAAUUUCCUUCGAUGUGGUUUCAAAAGUCAUGCAUUGCGAUUAAUUUAAAACGUUUUCAGGCACAAAAAAUGUUUGAAAAAUGGGCUGGAAAAUUUCGAAUGCAGGAUUUUUGCCACUUUUUUCAUAUUUAACGAAUAAUUUUGCAUUACUUUUAUUGUAAAUAUGAUCAAGACGUUAAACAUGAAUCAAAAAAAUGAAGAGAAGAUCUUCUCUAAAUAACGACAAUUUUAACAUUAAUAAAAAUUAUAAAAAGAAAAUAAUUGUUAAUGUUUUAUGAAUGUAAAAAAAAAUCUAAAAAAUUAAAAAAUAUUUAA